GUAUUCAAUCCCUCCCACAUAGGGCGGUUAUGGUUUCUCCGGUAUAAUAAGGCUACAUGUCUUAGGAGCCGUUUCAGGCACAUUUCUUUGACGGGAAUACACUUAACAUAAAUACAAAAUCGCUAUAGUGUGUAAAAGUAUGCAUCCAGCCGCUGACUAACAGGUACACAGUGAGAUAAGUCUUUAUUUCAGUCAACAAAGGCCGCCCUGAUAGGGGGUGAAAUGAGUUCAGUGCUCGGCUGUAGAAGCGGCGGCGCAGGUUCGUGUCCGGUGUUUGUCGCUAGAUGGCGGAAGACGUCCAGUUUGUGGACGCGGAUCGGGGGAUUAACGGGGUCGUGUGUCGUGCUGCAGCCUGGCUUGUUUUGUGAUAUAACAUCCAAGUAUAAAACCAUGAAAUGGCAUUCAAAGGCAAAGCGGUCGACUCCAAGACCGUGCUCUUCCAUCUGCUGCUGUGUCUGCUCAUAUUUUACUCUCUUUUCUACAUGAUUGGGAGUGUGUGCUUCGGUGCCUUCAGGUUGGAUAACUUUGAUGGACUCAUUCCAUUCGACUUUAAGACUGAACCCACUGAAUCCAACUCCAAGUACUUGGUGAACCUCCUGUCUUUGGAGCUCACCUACUUUUGCAGUGGCCUUUUGUUUGCUGCAGUGGUACGCAGACGGGUCUGGGACUAUGCCCUCACUGUCACACUUCUUCAUGUAAUGAUCACCAGCCUAGUGAUGUUGGAGUUCCCCAUGGUGUGGCAGUGGUGGCUGGCCUUAGGUAGUGGCUUGUUUCUGAUGAUCUGCAACGGUCAGCUGAUCGCUUACUUCACCUGCCAGAGUGAGCAGAGCUACGCCUCCUUCAGCAUCUACUGACAGAGAAAAAAGCUGAUGUGUAUAAAUUUUCAUGAACAGUCCUGUGAAGAGAAGUGGAGAGGAUGAGAGCAGAUGCUCUCUUCCUGGAGACACCCAUUAGAUUCUCCACGGUGGUGGGCUUUUUUUUUUGUUUGUCACUAAAAAAAAGACUCCUCACCAUCAGACAUGCUGGGUCCAAUUUGUGUUUACGGGUUGCUGACAGACCAGUUGUUUUGAUGUAAAUGCCAAAGGGAGAUGAUGUCUGUAUUUUGCUUGUGAUGCACAAUGCCUCUGUAACUAUGCAGGACUUUAGGGCAACAUGUGAAGUAUUUUCAGUACCUUUGUAAGCUGUGAAUGUAAUAGCAGAAUGGGCAAGUUGCAAUACAUGUUUGUUGAAUGU